CUUACAAAACCCUUACUAUAGGACAAUGCGAUGGCACAGCAAUCGUAGAUACUUACGCGACACGGAGGCACCCAACCGUGUCCCGUACAUUGUGAACCGCAGGACAUGACAAGCGCGCGCCUUCAUUUUUCGUCGUCACUAAAGACAAUGUAUUUAUCUCGAUGCUCAAUAGUUAAAUUCCAUAAUCGACUUGUCAUUUGCUCACCUGUGUUACUGAAGCGAUUUGGCCCGACCGCGUGAGCCAAUAAUCCUGAUAAUAAAAAAGAUACCAAUUGGUCCUCUGUGCACCUGCUGAAGUCGCUGCACCCGUUUUAAAACUAGUGGGAGUCGACCUUGUUGGCUAGGGCACACGCACCGUUGGAGGGCCGCGUUGUCAACGCACCUUUUUGAGGCGCAUUUUGCGACAUCUGACACGGCUUUUGCUUCAAUCACCAACUUCCAGGUAAGGCGUUCAAGCGCCUUGCGAAGUUAUGUCUGCGCUGUUGCAACUGUAUCCGGCAUGGGUUGCUUCCACUUCCACUCAGCGUUAUGUACGGGUAUCGCUAGUUUUAUUUAGAGGUGCCUACUGCAUUGAUUUAAGGCUUUACAUCUGACUGGAUGGAUUAUGGCGGUAGAGGUCGCGACCUCUGGUGACCCGACAUACUUUGCUCUUGGAACCCCUCUCAGGACGUUUCUUAUCGUAAAUGGCGUUGAGCAGUUAAUGCGGCACCUAUACCUGCGUUUCCUGCGUUUCGUACGCUGAUGGCGCUUUUCGCCAACGCACCCAUGGAAGGUUCUUCUCGCCAGGGGCCUUCCAGGACUUCAGUUUGUGCUACCUGGCUUCUAUAUAGCCCUGCCAGCAGUCUCAGCAGCCAGCCUUGCUCGCCUGGGCCGUCCGGCGGGCGCCAACAUGAGGUCCCUUAUCAAGAUAAUUUCAACGGAGUCAGUACAACGGAGUCAGUAAAAUACUUGCUGUCGGGUGCUGAGGCAGGCUUGCCUGCUAAGCGCCCUCGGCUUGACCUCGGUAUUGCACACACCAACGCGCAAGCAUAUGGCCGAGCAGCUGGACGCCAGGCGCAAAAUUUCCAUGCUGCAACACCACCUCUUCCUCCAUCAUGUCAACAGCUACUUCAUCCUGUAUCUGGAGGUUGGAAUCCUACGGCUCCGCGGCUUUCGUCAGGCUGCUCGUCCUCAUCGGCUGACUCUGUUGUGACCGGUGAGGUUCGUUGCAGCAACACCGAGAAACUUCCCCAUAACCUUACGGGGCUAGCAUCGCUGGAUGGUUUCCUUGCCCGCUCGGUCGACCACCAUGUCCAAAAGGCAACAUUCACGGCAUCCCGCUCAUCCCUUUGGCCACAAGGCGCUCAUUUGCCUUUCGGUGGGUCAGGCCUCGGUGCAUCCUCUUCCUAUCAGUCAAGCUUAGUUGGCUCGAAUGCCUGCCAAGCCCCUGGGACGACGCUUCAUCCUCAUUGCGCGGGCGCGACCUUUGGUAGCCAGCUAGACCAGCUGCUUACUCUUGCAGCCGCUGACCUCUCAACAGCGACUUCGCUUCCCAGCUGGACAUCCCUGGCGAAUAUCUUGCCAGCAGCAACGCUCGCUUCUUUCCCGUACAUCUUCACGGGAACAUCGAGCAGCGCCACCACAGCCGCACCCGCCAAGCCUUGCAGCCUCGACCUCGCUGCUGGCCUCGCGCAGACCUCCUGGUGGCCCGCAUCCUCCUCCGCACCGCAGCAACUUUGCCAACAGCAGCCGCAUGUCAACAUCUGCAGCGCGCCCGCGCUCUUCCAUCUAGACAUGUCCACCACCCAACGAGCCGCGCAGGCAGGCCUCCUCACCCUAGGUCGCCAACCACAGCUGGCCCCAGCAAACCUGCUAAACGUAAGGCCCUUGGCUCCUCCGGCGCCAUCCCAACCGUCCCUGCCUUCACGACUAAACCUAGUCGGACCUGCCGCUGCCGCCGCUGUCGGCUUCACCGUCCUCGACGUCCUGCCACAACCACCCCAGCAGCCGCUGCUGCUCUUACAACAACCCCAACAGCCGCUCCAACCAUGCCUCCUAUCACAGCUACCGCAACCCCUGCCCCUGCCUCAACCACAACAACAAGCACAAACACAUCUCCAUCCACAGCCGCAACCGCAGCUGCUGCAGUCCCGGCGCGUGCGGCCGCCCUCUCCCUCCCCUCCCUGCGCGCCCCUGCCGCCCCCCCUACCCGGGUCCGUGGGUCCCGAGGAGUGGAUGCUGCAUGUCAUCAAGGUGCUAGGCAUGCGCGAGCCGGACACCGCCCGCCUGGCCCUGCACUGCUGGCGCCGGGUGGCGGGGCUGCCGCAGCUUCACCACGCCACCCGGGCAGCUGCUGCAGGUGGUGGCUCGGUGGAGGGCGGGCGCUGCUUGUACGCCACGGCGUGCUUGUGGAUCAGCAUCAAGCUGGAGGAGAAGCGCCGCGCCGCCCCAGGCGGGGUGCUGCUGGCCCGGCUGGCCGCCACCUGCCCCGCCGCGCUGAGCUCCGCGGAGCUGGCGGUGAUGGUGUGGCUGGAGUGGCGGCCGUACGAGGGCUACCGACUAGACGAGAGCCACCUGCUGGAGUACAUGUGAGGGAGGGGGGUGCGCGGGAGGAGGAGGAGGAGGAGGGGUGUGAGGGGUGGCGAGAGGAGGCGGCAGGGUGGGUGGAGGAAGAGGGUGCGAGGAUGCUGAGGAGAAUGCUGUGUAGAGGAGGUGAGGGGAGACGGAAACGUUGUGUUGAGUUGCUGUUGAGUUUGAAGGGUCGGAGAAGCCUUCGGAUGUCGGGAGGAGGUUCACCGGAGGAGGGAAAGAGGCGGAAGUAGCAAGGAGGGUAGUGGGUGCAGUGCAUGUGUACAUGUGGUGUAGAGGGAUGUGUGCACGGCUAGCCAGCAGCCGGAUGUUGGGGUGCAUGCAAAUGGUGCCGUUGCAAGUUAUGUGUGUUAGGGAGGUUAGUCAUUAGGUUUGUGGUUUAGGCACGUCUAUCAACCAGGACGUUAUGUCGGUGUGUUGAGAAAACUGGGUGUAUGUGUUGUUGUGAGGUGAUGUGAGGGAACGAGGAGCUUUGGCUGUGCAGGCUUCCUCCGCACAAGCACACCCUCUCUGUAUGUGUACUUGUGGCGCGUUUAUAUCUGGGUAGUUGGCAGUUCGUAGUUGAUAGUUGUUGUAGUUGUGUGUACGUACGGAUAUGCGCCCAAACAGCCCAACGCAACCGACGGUGACGUCGAAUUCGUGGCCGCUUGGGUACAUGAUGUCUCACGACUUUAAACCGGGCAGGAUCCUGUGCGAAUCCAACCGGUAAACAUGGGAAGUACGGUAAUGUAUGGCGCACGAGAGCCAUGCAUGCCCCUCAGAUGACGAGCAUUGGAUGGUGUGUGCGCGGAUAACCGUAUGUGGGCUGUUAGUAAUGGCAGUUGUUUAGGUGAAGCUGUGUAGGUUUGCGUAAAUGUGCGCAUAGUUUUGUGCGCUUUAGGCUGGCGCUAGCUUGCAUUGGGGGAAAUGGUCGGGAUCCUCACAUCCCGGCGAUUUUGACGUCUUAUACCUAAUUUGAUGACAUAGGCAGGCGCAUACUCAUGCCUUACGAAGUUACAGGUUAGAUUAUUGGCGUCGCAUGUGAUGAUGCUUUGGGAUUACCCGCAGCACCAACAACAAGACAAUAUCAGUAACAGCACUGACUAGGGCAAUGUAGGGUUCCCUUCACGUGCAAACUUCUUAACGUGGUUUGGCGGUUUGGCUUCACUUUGGCGCCAUUCCGCCUCGUGUGUUUAUCUUGGAUGGUGCCUUGCCGCUAGGUGAUUUUGGAUGUGAAGGAAUCUUAUGUCUGCAACACGAAGGGUUGCAUGUGCCAAGUUACUAACGCAUGCAUCAACACGCAUACGCGAGCGCUUGGUGACUUUGCCUUUCCUAGGGCUCCUUCAACUGUAGAUGGCGUGAGGUAACGGGCAGGGUUAGUCUGUACUAACAUUUGAGGCCUAUAGUUGGAUAGUGGUAUGUGGGGCCUCUUGCGUCCGCCCUGCUAUGCCGAACUUGCUGUGAUGUAGCCAACCGGCGGCUGAGGUUUUCGUCCUGAAGUGUCGUGCAGGCGUGUAUGUGCCGUAUACAAAAUUAGUACGGCGCUGUGAAGAUUUGUGUUGUUUAUUGUGCUGGGGCGCAUGUGUUUGUCAAACGUGUACGGCACGCAUGCACGUUGUUGUCCUACCAUGGCACUUUGCAGGGAUGAGCCAGAUAAUGACAUGCCCGCCGUACUUUGACCUGCUCCUUCCCGUAACUCUUACAGGACGGGUUUCUAAUGACUUGUGGGCUGUGACCCUUUCCACCUGCCAGCUGCAGCGGCCGUUUGCCUUCUUACUUGGGCUGCGCUUGCUUUAGGGAUUCUGUCGAAGGUUAGCUUGCUUGAGGGGAUUAGGUGAGGGGCUGGGGUCCUUGCUUGUUGCCAUGACAUCGCGCGAGUUUUACAGGGGUUUGGGGUGUGGGCAUCAAUAACUCAUUAUUGGGUUAGACUGCCGUAAACUGCUGAUACCGUCCUAUCAAAACUGUGGGCCAGCCUGGGUGGUUUAGUCUUUAUCUCACAUGCAGUUGUAUGAGGAUAACAAGGAGCUAUAGGCCAGAAGGCGCAUGUGUCGCUUCUGGCCUGCUUCGGCCGUCGUACAAUGUAACUGUGCAAUGUACGGGAGGUGCAAUGAUGAAUGCUGCGUUGAACUGGAAAGAUACUGGCGGAUUACGCACGGAGGAUUACAAUUCCCGUUGGACGGAAUUGUCGUUGUUGUUGUCAUGUGUUUCUGUUUUGCAGUAAAGCCAACUACGAAGGUUAUGCUGCAUGUGGUAUUUUGCAAGGAUAUCCUGCCUCUCGUGCUCUCUGCUGGCUGCUGUGUGGGUUUCUUUGAAGAGCUUAUCUUGAACGCCCACAGUAGCGGCUUGCCUGGGAGAGGUGCUGAUGAGCUCCUUACAAAACACAACAAUCGACUAAAAAUCGUCUGUGAUGAUGCCUGCUGCUGCUACAGCAGCUGGUCUCCUUGUUGUUGUCCCAAUGUGUUGCUCUUGAUCCAUAUUGCCUUGGUAUGGGUUAUUAGAUGAGCAGCGCGUGGCAUGGUCUAGCUAGCGGAAAGUACGAAAUGUGCUGUGGUGAAGAUUCAUUAUCAGUGUCGGUUGUAGCUUUAGUUGGUUGCUCAGGUCGUUGGGUGCUGGGAUCACUGCUAAUGUGGGGUGGCGGCGACCUAGGGGUUGGGUGUGCCAGAGUGUGAUACGUAGUAGUGUGUCUCAACUGGCGGCAGCUACGAUAUCCAAGAACUACCGAGAACAUAAUUACGGAGAGUUUCAGGACGUAGCAAUGUGCUGUCGUACAGGCUGGGCUGCAGGAUGGCUGGGUGGUGCUCUUCUGAUGCUAGCAAUCUGGUGCGAUCUGCCCCUGUGUACGGCGGAGACAUCUUGCCAACGGUGCCGAACGGCCGGAAGGGCUGUACCGUCGUACGGAUGUGUGACUAGCAGACAGAGCCACGAAACUGUUCAACUGUAAACAACACAUCUUA